AUGGCUGAAGUAUCUCAUUCACCCUUUACGUCAAGCGAGACGGAAAAGGGUGUUCAGACUCCUGACGCGACAGAUGCUGCUCAAAUGUCGGCUGAUAAUACCGCACAGCAACUCCCACCCAUCGAUCGUGGAAAGGAUGCCUGGCUUUUCCUUGCAGCAUGCUUCGUCAUGGAAGCUCUCGUCUGGGGCUUUGCCUUCACCUAUGGAGUCUUCCAAGCCUACUACAGCAAGAGACCGGAGUUCAAAAACUCCGGCAACCUCGCCGUAAUCGGGACCUGUGCUAUGGGAAUCAUGUAUCUGGACCUUCCGAUCGUUUUCGCCGCCUAUAGACGGUGGCCCAAGUAUCAGCGACUCGGGUGCGGCGCUGGCGUCCUGAUGAUGUGUCUUGCUUUAGCUCUGAGUUCCUUCUCGACCAAUGUGACCCACCUUAUCAUCAGCCAGGGCAUCUUCUAUGCCCUAGGCGGCAGCGUGGCGUACUCACCAUGCAUCCUGCUGAUGGAAGAUUGGUUCGAGAAACGCAAAGGGCUCGCGUUUGGCGUUAUGUGGGCGGGCACGGGGCUAGGUGGCGUAGUCCUCCCGAUCGUGAUGGAGCAGUUGCUGGACCGAUAUGGCUUCCGCAUCGCCCUACGAGCCUUUGCCGUCGCCCUCUUCCUCCUCACAGCUCCACUGGUGUAUUUCGUGAAGCCCCGUGUGCCAGUCUCCCAGCGUCCCAAGGCGCCAACCCCUGACUUGCGCUUCCUCAUCACAUCCACCUUUGCCCUCUUUGAGAUCUGCAACAUCGUCGAGGCUCUGGGGUUCUUCUUGCCAUCGGUUUACCUCCCCACCUACGCGGGGGUAAUUGGUGCAUCGACCAGCUUGCAAGCGCUAACAGUCAUCCUCUUCAACAUCGCCUCGGUAGUCGGCUGCGUGGUAAUGGGGGCCAUCAUCGACAAAUGGGACGUGACGACCUGCAUCCUAGUCUCCACCGUUGGGUCAACCAUCGGCGUCUUCCUCAUCUGGGGGUUCUCCAUGUCGCUGGCCCCGCUCUUCGUCUUCUCGAUCGUCUACGGCCUCUUCGCAGGCUCAUACACCAGUACCUGGCCGGGGAUUAUGCGCGACGUCGUCCGCAAGAAGAGCUCCGCGGAGUCCAGCAUGGUCUUCGCCUGCCUGGCUGCGGGCCGGGGCAUCGGGAAUCUUGUUUCGGGGCCGCUCAGCGAAGCACUCAUCAAAAGCACGCCGUGGAAGGGCCAAGCGGGCUAUGGCUAUGGGAGUGGGUAUGGCAGUCUGAUCGUCUUCACGGGUAUCACGGGGGUGAUUGGGGGAGGGAGCUACGUGGCUCGCUGUUUCAGGUGGAUAUGA